CUUUUGACAAAACAAAAACUGACCUCGAAAACUUCUUUUGACAAAACAAAAACUGACCUCGAAGAAAGCACAAGUCUCUCUCUCUAAAACUCUAUUCUCUCUCUAAACCUGGUGCUUUACAUGUUCGAUCAACGUGAUGAAGCCCAUAUCGUUUCCUUAAUUUACUCUUUCCUCUCUCUCUUAUGCCAACGUGCUAACUUUGAAGCAAUCAAUUUGACACUUUGAAACACAGAGUACACGUUUUUGGUUGAAACAGAGUUGUGUAGAGAGAUAGAGAGAUAAUGAAGACCGAAGAGCAAGCUCGGUCUCUGUUCGGAAUCUCUCUCUCUGAUAGACCUAAAUGGCAUCAAUUCCUCAUCUGCUCUUCUGGGUUCUUCUUUGGUUAUCUCGUCAAUGGCAUCUGUGAGGAAUAUGUGUACAAUAGGCUUAAAUUCAGCUAUGGCUGGUACUUUACAUUUGUUCAAGGGUGGGUUUAUAUUUUCCUGAUUUACUGUCAAGGCUUCACUACCAAGAAAAUGGUGAACCCAUGGAAGACUUAUGUGAAGCUCUCCGCGGUGCUUAUGGGUUCACAUGGACUUACCAAAGGGUCGUUGGCUUUUCUUAAUUACCCGGCACAGCUCAUGUUUAAAUCCACCAAGGUUCUUCCUGUGAUGAUAAUGGGUGCCUUCAUACCUGGUUUGAGACGGAAAUACCCACUUCAUGAGUAUGUUUCUGCCAUACUUUUGGUGGUGGGUUUGAUCCUUUUCACUUUAGCAGAUGCACAAACUUCACCAAACUUCAGCUCAAUUGGUGUUAUAAUGGUGUCCGGUGCUCUAGUGAUGGACUCCUUUCUGGGGAACUUGCAAGAAGCAAUCUUUACCAUGAAUCCCGAAACAACACAGAUGGAAAUGCUCUUUUGCUCAACUGUAGUCGGUCUACCUUUCUUGAUUCCGCCCAUGCUUUUCACAGGAGAACUAUUCAGAGCAUGGAAUUCAUGUUCUCAGCAUCUUUAUGUAUAUGGUGUUCUGAUCUUCGAAGCAAUGGCCACCUUUAUCGGUCAAGUCUCUGUCCUUUCCCUCAUUGCAAUUUUUGGUGCUGCCACGACUGCCAUGAUAACAACGGCAAGAAAAGCGGUAACUUUGUUGCUAUCAUACUUGAUAUUUACAAAGCCAUUAACUGAACAGCAUGGGACUGGACUUCUGCUGAUAUCCAUGGGGAUCAUAUUGAAGCUUUUGCCUGAUAACAAAGCCCCCAAAAGACUCCCAAUCUCAUCAUCCAUGGCCAAGAUUGAAAAGCCUUCUUACAGUGAAGAAAAUAGAAAAGCUGAUAAGGGUGAUGAAGAAGAAGAGAGGACGCCUUUGGUCUGAAAAUAAGAAACAAUUUAGUUGAAUCUUCUCAUUUCUUCAUUCGGUUUAUCACCUUAAAUGUUUUUUUUUUUUUUUUCUUUUCUUUUCUUUCUUGAAAAUGGUAUUAGAAUACAAACUACAGGUUAUUUUAUCUUUCAUUUCUUGAUAGGCAUAGGAUUUAGAAGUUGGAUUAUGGUUUUCACAAAAAGAAACUGAUGUUACAAGUUAGGUUCUAAUCAUUGACCGCAUGGUAAUGUGUGGUCCAGAAAUUUAAAUUUCAAAAUGAAGAUCAAAGUAGUCGGUUUUCGGCCACUUUCAGGAAAAAAUUAUUCCACCUUCUUCUAA